AUGUCUUCAAAAGAUGAAGUCGCUUGCCAUCUUCGUGUAAGAGAAAUAAAAAAUCAGUUAAAAAGUAUAAAACAAGGAGACGCCAGAGCAGAAAACUCUAGCGAGGUUAUAGAUUAUCUCGAGAAGAUCAAUUUUGACGUACACGAGUUCAGACUCAAAGAUGGAAAGUCCGCUGUGCAUUGUUUAGCUGAUUUAUACGAAUUGGCGGAGACGCGGUGUCAUCGAGACAUGCUUCUCAUUAAACAUUCCCUUCGGAAUUAUCCGCGAAAAAACUACUGCGACGCUCACGGUUACACGUACUUUCACGCAGCCUGCAUGGUGGCCGAUAUAAGAGUCGUGAGGAAAUUUUUGAGCAAAGGCGUGAACGUCAAUCUUGACACGUACACGUGUUCGCCUCUGUUCAUUGCGGCCCAGUACAAUAACGUAGAAAUCGUGGAAUUAUUACUGGAACACAGAGCCAAUCCGAAUCAGUCGGACCACGAAGGAUCGACGCCUCUUCACGCCCUCGCAUUGCCGUAUCUGUGUGAAUGCAUCGAAAGAUUUUACUACUGCGAUACGAGAAAACCAGUCGAUUACAUCGUUAAAAUGCUCAUCGACAGCGGAGCCGAUAUCGAAGCGCGAAAUCGUCACGGAGACACUCCGUUGCAGUCGGCGGUGAUGCGUUUCGACGUCGCCCUCACCAAGUCGCUCUUGGAUCACGGCGCGUCACUGGACAGUCUGAACGAGAAGCGAAUGUUCAUUCAUAAUUUCUCGUCGCUCGAAUUGAGGACGUACGCCGUGUCUCUGGAUAUUAUCGAAGUGAUGCAAUUGUUGCAGUCGGCUGGAUACAAAAUGGAUUUCCACACGAAACUCAGAAUGGUUCAAUGCUGGACAAGGAUUCAUGGAAACGAUCUCGACCGUCUGCUAGUGAAAGAUUCCGGUAUGACAUAUCAUUUAGCGGGUGAUAAAAAUCAAGUUGUCGAUAUCUAUGUACAAAUGGCUAAACAACUAACUAUUCACAAGCUAUAUGGUUUUUAUAUAAAACCAGAAGUUAAAGAUUACAUGACAUCCAGAAUACUGGCGCAAUUAUAUUAA